AUGGUGGUCUCUAAAUUUGCAGCGUCUCGAGCAUGUUUGUUUGCUCAAAACUUCUCCUUACUGAAAGCGAUAAGGUCUUCCAACGUGAGAAAUGCCAUUAACGCAUGGAAAUCGCAAACCGUCCAGAGAUCUUCCCUUUUGAAAGUGGGACGCCUUUCUGGGAUUUGUCUCAGUGCAUGGUGCAUUCCUUUGCUCAGAGCUGCAGAAUGUAGAAGCAGAGAAGGUGAACUUAGCAGAGCCGAUCACCUGUAUGAAGUGUAUCUCACCAAUAAAGAGCCUCCAUUGUCGCUUUGGGAUGUUUGGUCCCUAAUCCGACCGUACUGGUUUUACUUCUUGGCCGCAGUUGUGAGUGCAGUUCUUGCUGCUUUCGUCAACAUACAGCUUCCUCUCUAUCUUGGAGACCUUAUUGACAAGAUGGUGCAGAUAAUCAAAGGUGCGUAG